GCCAGAUAUUAAGACGCUGCUCUGCAGUUGCAUGCAGCCUUGCACGGCGCGACUUCUCUCCGGGAAGCUCAGUUUAGACUUGUUGGAAUUGCAAAAUAGAUUUAAGAUUAAGGCCGUGGGACUCGUGGGUGCAGCGCACAGUUUGGUAACCACCCUGGUGACGAUUGCACAGAGUUCGGCCUUCGGGAGGUCUGGGGUGCCGGAGUAUAGGAGUGUGAGCACCGGGGUUCAGGGAAGGUUUCCGGAGGCCUCUGGUGGGCACCUUGGCUUUGGGUGCUGGAGAAGCGGUGCUUUUUGCACGCCUCGGAUCCGGAACCUGGCCUUGCUCAAGGGCGUUUCCGAUUGGUCAGUCCGAAAGCUCUGACUGCUCUCUUCGGCUGCUUGAGAUGCGGCUGCCCGGGGCGGAUGCUCCGCCGCCUCCCGGUCUCUGCCACAGCUCAUCCUAGGCUCCCUCAGGAUUUCAAAUACCGUAUCUCACAAGGACGUGUAUUCCCAGAGGCAAGAGAAACGGUUUGUUCUUUCUGAAAGUGAAGCCAUUUUCCUCACAUCACUAUGUGUACCAGAGAGUGGUUUCCCGGUUCCAGGCGCCACCCACGGACGACCCGCGUCCCCUUCCUCGGGAUGAUGCAGCGCCUCCCCGCGGCUGCAUCCCUGAACACCCGGCUCCUGCUUCCCUUUGCGGUAUUCGCUCGCGGCUGUUUAGACUACACCUGCAGUCCUACACAGAGAGGCGCCACUAACAACUCUAGAGAUAGCGGCACCAGGAGAGAAUUUAAAGGGAAGGCUGUAGAGUGGAACGCCCCAUGGACCAAUCAGAGCUCAGUAUUCAAUCAUGCUGCCUGACGGGCGGCCAAUAGGAACGCAGCGGGGUCUAUAAAAGCUGUGCCCGCAGGCCAUUUUGUGCCUUUGAGGAGCAGCUCAGGAAGGCUUCAGAGGGAUGGCUCGCACCAAGCAGACGGCGCGGAAGUCGACGGGAGGCAAGGCUCCACGCAAGCAGUUAGCCACGAAGGUGGCACGCAAGAGUGCACCGGCCACUGGCGGCGUGAAGAAGCCGCACCGCUACCACCCGGGCACGGUGGCGCUCCGCGAGAUCCGCCGCUACCAGAAGUCCACCGAGCUGCUGAUCCGCAAGCUGCCUUUCCAGCGCUUGGUGCGCGAGAUCGCCCAGGACUUCAAGACCGACCUGCGCUUCCAGAGCUCGGCCGUGAUGGCUCUGCAGGAGGCCUGCGAGUCCUACCUCGUGGGGCUCUUCGAGGACACCAACCUGUGCGCCAUCCACGCCAAGCGGGUGACCAUCAUGCCGAAAGACAUCCAGCUGGCUCGGCGCAUCCGCGGAGAGCGGGCCUAGACCCCACGGGCUCCCAAUCCUUGCAGGGCCAACAACCCAAAGGCUCUUUUCAGAGCCACCCACAAAAUCCAAAAAAGUGGUUGUAACCUAGAUUGGAUCUCACUGGAGGUCAGGACGAGUCGACUGGGAAGCCCAGUCCAUAGGCUUAGCCGCGGACCCGUUAAGCUGUUUGGUCCGCAGUUCCGCCCAAAUUUAACUAGGCCUUCACUUACAAGGCGUAAUAGCCUCAAGGUUGGCAGAUGUGACUGGUCCUGCCUAGUAAAAGCCCCAAAGGCGGCAAACCCACUGCCACAACCAUAGUGUUGGCCUGGUGUGCUCUUCUGUACCAGCACCACUCGCCAGCUGUGUUAACUGCCCAUUACUAGGAGCCCAGCAGAUCUUGUGCUUUGGAUAACUCACCUGGUUUAAAAAGGCUGCUGGCUACUCCUGUGCAUUAGAAGUUAGUCUUUCUCCUAUGAUGGAAAGCACAGGGAGCUGAGUGUGUUUUAUUAAAUUCUAGCCUGUGUUAACUUUGCCCAUCUGCUAGGGCAGUUAAGGAAAAAGUUUCCAGGGACACAUCCAGUGUAGUAAGGAAGCCGCUAAUUAGCUCCCAGCUGCUCAGUCCCAAAAUAAUCACACAGAAACUAUAUUAAUUAAAUCACUGCUUGGCCUAUUAGCUCUAACUUCUUGUCAGCCAGCUCUUAUAUUUUAAUUUAACCCAUUUCUAGUAAUCUGUGUAUCGCCACAUGGCUGUGGCUUACUGGGUAAAGUUCCGUCUGGCUCCGACGGGGCUACAUGGCUUCUCUCUGUCUCCACCUCCUUUCUCCCAGCAUUCUGUUUAGUUUUCCCUGCCUGGCUCUUCCCCUAUAGCUCUGCUAUAGGUCCAAAGCAGUUUCUUUAUUCAUUAAUGGUAAUUACAGCAUACAGAGGGAAAUCCCACAUCAAUCCAGAGGAUCCUGUGUUAGACUCUGACUCUCCACUUAGUGUAGGGAGUUUAGCCAAUAACUAUUGACUCACCCUAAGUGGUAAGCAAUAGGAUCUCUAGUUUAGAAGUUCAAGAGGAUGUUUUGCCCUGGGAUUUUAUUCUCUGGAUGUCACUAGCCCCGAUUUCUAGUGUCCAGUACUGUGUAACAGGCUUCUGAAUAAUACAAAGAGCUAAUGGUGUACCAGGGAUGACAGGCAUAGAGAAUAAUCAGCCUGCUCAGAAAUCAAACAGGAAGGAACCUAAAUUGAACUGCAUAGUGGAAGCCUGGGGGGAAUAGCCUGAACAUAUGACUGAGGUUAAUUAAAAAAAAAAAAACCUGAUUGCAUGAUGGUUGACUGACAGCGGUUCUGUUGGACUUAUAUUUAAAUUGAGUGCUUUGCCCUUUAAAAAUAAAUCUAUUA